AUGGCCAGUGAGGGGCUGCGCAGGGCAGAUGACCUCCACCCACUCCUGUACUGCCGGGCCAUCCGCAGUGGGAUUAGAGGGCGGGGCUCGGGCAUUUCACCUUGCCAUCCUGUGUCACUGGCCACCCGGGACCCGCCUGGUCGCUCUCAUUGUGUCCCUCAUCCUGUGCUCGGGCCCUUCUCCCGGCAGCUGUGUCAUGACCGGGGCUACCUGGUCACCCAGGACGAGCUAGACCAGACGCUGGAGGAGUUCAAAGCCCAGUUUGGGGACAAGCCGAGUGAAGGGCGCCCUCGGCGCACCGAUCUCACGGUGUUGGUGGCCCACAACGACGACCCCACCGACCAGAUGUUCGUCUUCUUCCCUGAGGAGCCCAAGGUGGGCAUCAAGACCAUCAAGGUGUACUGCCAGCGCAUGCAGGAGGAGAACAUCACGCGUGCUCUUAUUGUCGUGCAGCAGGGCAUGACGCCCUCCGCCAAGCAGUCGCUGGUGGACAUGGCCCCCAAGUACAUCCUGGAGCAGUUCCUACAGCAGGAGCUGCUCAUCAACAUCACGGAGCAUGAGCUGGUGCCGGAGCAUGUGGUCAUGACCAAGGAGGAGGUGACAGAGCUACUGGCCCGAUAUAAGCUCCGUGAGAACCAGCUGCCCCGGAUCCAGGCUGGAGACCCCGUGGCACGCUACUUCGGGAUAAAGCGGGGCCAGGUGGUGAAGAUCAUUCGGCCCAGUGAGACAGCAGGCAGGUACAUCACCUACCGGCUGGUGCAGUAGUCAUACCUGUGCGUGAGGCCUUGCUUGUGUAGCAGAAAUCACUCCCUGGAUGCUGCCCCCUGCCGGGACCCCGCUCAGUGGUACCAGCCCCCACGUGCUCUGGGGCCAGCUUGGCACUGGCCCUACUCUGUCCUGGGCCCAGGCCACUGCUUGCCACUGUGGGCGUCCUGCAUAGGGUGUCAGCUCCCCGCCAACCCUGGAGACAUGGACUGUGGGACUAACACCCUUGGACAUCACCCAGGACAAUGAAUGCAGCUCUGGCCACCAGGGGCAGGUGGCUUCUUGGAGCUC